AUGGGUUUCUAUGGUGUCAUUCAAGAAAUUUGGGACCUUGACUACCAAAAGUUUACAAUCCCAGUCUUUAGGUGUGAUUGGGUAGAUAGUACUUCUGGUCUUGUAGUGGACGAACUUGGAUUUACCCUUGUAGAUUUGAGUAAAAUUGGACAUAGGAAUGACCAAUUUGUUUUGGCUUCUCAAGUCAAACAAGUAUUUUUUGUUGACGACCCGAUGCAUCGUGGUUGGUCGGUAGUGUUAUCAAUGCCUAAUAGAGAAUAUAAUGAUGUUAUUGGUGAUGAUGUCUUAGGUGAUGUGAGAAUUGAGUGUGAGCCAUUUACUAUAGGGAUGCCAAAUGUUGACACAUUUGAUGAAGUGGUGGGUGAGUUAGGGAGUCAAAAUAUUCGAGAUGGGUGUGAAGAUAUAUGGAUUGAAUGA